UCCUCCCGGGGGGCCGCCCUCCUCCUCCUCCUCCGCGUCCCGGGGCCCCUCUCUCGCCAUGCCGAGCCUGGUCGUCUCCGGGAUCAUGGAACGCAACGGGGGCUUCGGGGACCUGGGCUGCUUCCCGGGGGGCAGCGCCGGCGGAGGCGGAGGAGGCAGCAGCGCCGGAGGAGGAGGAGGAGGAGGGGGCGUCGGGGGCCCUAAGGAGCCGCGGGGGCUGCUGGAGGACGAGCGGGCGCUCCAGAUGGCCCUGGACCAGCUCUGCCUCCUGGGGCUGGCCGGGGAGCCGGGGGCCGCGCCUGGAGCCGGGGGACCCCCCUCUUCUUCCUCGGCCUCUUCCUCCUCCUCCUCUUCCUCGGCCGGAGCCGGAGAGGAGGGCGCCCUGCCCCCGCAGGCCCCCCCGCCGCCGCCGCCUGCCGCCCCCAAGGGCCUCCCGGGGCCCCCUCUGCCUCCGCCACCGCCCCCUCCGCCUCCUCCUCCUCCGCCGCCUCCUCCGCUCCCGCCGCCCUCCUCCUCCUCCUCCUCCUCCUCGGCCGGGACCCCCGGCGUUGGCUCGGCCUCUGCCGCCUCGGAGGCCGGGAAGCUGUGCGUGCUCUACAAGGAAGCCGAGCUCCGGCUGAAGAGCAGCUCCAACACCACCGAGUGCGUCCCGGUGCCCAGCUCCGAGCACGUGGCCGAGAUCGUCGGAAGGCAAGGUUGCAAAAUCAAAGCCUUGAGGGCCAAGACCAACACCUACAUCAAGACCCCUGUGCGUGGCGAAGAGCCGGUCUUCAUGGUGACCGGCAGGCGGGAGGACGUCGCCAUGGCCAGGAGGGAGAUCAUUUCGGCCGCGGAGCACUUCUCCAUGAUCCGGGCUUCUCGCAACAAGGCCGGCAGCACCUUCGGCAGCGCCCCGACCCUGCCGGGGCAGGUCACCAUCCGGGUUCGGGUCCCGUACCGCGUGGUGGGCUUAGUGGUGGGGCCCAAAGGAGCCACCAUCAAGCGGAUCCAGCAGCAGACCAACACCUACAUCAUCACGCCCAGCCGGGACCGGGACCCCGUCUUUGAGAUCACAGGGGCCCCGGGAAACGUGGAGCGCGCCCGGGAGGAGAUUGAGACCCACAUCGCCGUCCGGACGGGCAAGAUCCUGGAGUACAACAACGAGAACGACUUCCUGUCCAGCAGCCCCGACUCGGGGAUGGAGAACCGCUACUCGGAGGCCUGGCGCGUCCACACUCCGGCCCCCGGCUGCAAGCCCCUCUCCACCUUCCGCCAAAACAGCCUUGGGUGCAUCGGCGACUGCUCCGUCGACCCCGCGUACGAGACGCCCCGCCUGAACGACCAAAACGACUUCAAUUACAGUUACCUCUUCCCAAACUACAGCGUCAACAAGCAGGAUCUGUAUUACGGGGUUCCAGAAUCGGGGACUCCUCUGUGGGCCGGGCAGGAGAACACCAACCCCGUGUCGGUCCUCUUCUCCAAGCAGCAGCGUUCUAGCAACGCCGGGACCCUCCACGCCAACUCCCAUCGCUCCCCGUCCUCCUCCAUCCAGCAGCCUCCCCUCUCCGGGCUUCCGAGACGGUCGCAGGGGGAGUCCCUGCAAGGCUUUUCCAAACUGGGUGCUUCCGCUGCCACCCGGACCUCCCUCUCCAGCAGCCGGGAAUGCAUGGUCUGCUUUGAAAGCGAGGUGACCGCCGCUCUCGUGCCAUGUGGCCACAACCUCUUCUGCAUGGAGUGUGCCGUCCGGAUCUGCGAGCGGACCGACCCCGAAUGUCCGGUGUGCCAUGCAGCAGCCACUCAGGCCAUAAGAAUAUUUUCUUAAACUGGGACAGAAAACACACAUACAAACCAACAACCGAACAAAACACAACCAUGAGAGACAGACAGCAUUUGGGGGGACGAUUGAAAUGGGCAACAGGACGGGAGGAAGGAGUGAAAGGAAGAGGGAAAACAAAACACAGAAUGAGACAUGUCUGAAGGACGACAAACCAAUCCGAAGAGAGAGAGAGAGAAAAGGAAAUUAAUUUAAAGAAGAGGAGAAAGGAAUUAUUUUAGCAGUGAUGUAUGUUAUUUUUAAAGAAAACAAUGAUAAAGGCGAUGACGAUGGUGGCGGAGAAGAAAAGGAGGCGGAAAGGGACAGAAAUAUUACGAGAGGCGAUUGCCACGCAAGAGCCUUGGACGCCGUUUUUGGACGGAGAACUCUUUUAUCACGUGGAAACGAUUCUUAAGGAACGCAGGAGGUUUUGCGGCGAGGUCCGGCAGGGUCUGCGGCUCCUGCCCACGACGGAGAGAGAAAAGUCAUUAUGGGACAGAUCGGGGUUUCGGCCGCGGUCUUGGUCCAAACAUGAUGCAGACGCUGCUGGUCCUCCCAACUGACCAGCAGAAAGAAAGGAACUGACCCCGGAAGGUAAAGAGGAGAAAGGCUUUGAAAAGGAAGGAGAGAAACCAUCAUCCUCUGGGAACCUAAUCAAACGAGGGCACAACUGUAUUACCUCAAACCUUUAAAGCGAAACAAAAGAAGCAGCUAAAGACCUUUAUAUUCUUUUUCCUCUAUUUUUUUCCUAAGAAAAAGAAACAAAAACGCAAAACGAAAGGAACACUAUUAGAGCCAGUGAAACUGGGGGCAGGAAGGAAAGAGCCUUCCCCUCCGCCUUUACGUUUCUCAUUCUGAGUCUUCUGAGCCACCGCAAAGCUUUUGGGGGGUAUUUUUUGGUUUUCCUUUUUCUCUUCUGGUUUUCCUUUCCUCCCCCUUUUUAUUUUCCUAUUUGAGCAGGGAUUCAUCCACUGAGGAUCCGGAGUCACUUACAGGGUAUUUCCAAAACAGAAGGACAAAGCUCCCAAUCGAUCCCUGCCUCGAGGGGGAAAUCCGCUUGUUGGCAUUUUGGCUUCUGAUCCUUGCCAGGCAAUGCAAGCUCAAACACACAAUUCACACACACAGAAAACAAAACGACGACAACCAAGAGAAACAUCUUUUCUUCCUUCCUUUCUCUUUUGGUUUUAACAACAACAACAGUAAUAAUAAUUCCACACCAAAACCUAAGAAAGACAAUAAUGCAAUACUGGCCACAAGCCCACCUAAAACCAACCCACAACCCGACGGAACGCAAAAAAAUAAGAAUAAGAUAAGAAUAAUAUAUAUCUAUAUCUAUAAAUAUAUAUGAAUUAACAUGUUUAUAUAUAAUUUUGUCGUCUUUUUAAACUGGACCAAAACUUUUGUUACUCAAAUUCAAGUGAAGAGAGAAGAGUAUUUCCUUAUGGACCAAAACCUCUUGCCGCUGACAGACACGGAUCUCCCGGAGGUUGCCUACUACUUUUAUAUAGUCUAUUUUUUUCAGACCGAAGCAAACAGACACAUGCUCAGAAAAAGAAAGAAAGAAAGAAAGAAAGAUAAUAUUAAUUAUUAUUAUUAUUAUGAUUAAUAACAAUACUAUUGAAUUGCCUUGUCAAACAUCCUUAAUCAUUUCAAGACAUUUGACUCCUGCUUUGGUUAACACCAGAACCUUUUAGACUGUUUGGGAAGCGGAGAGAAUGAGCGAUUGCGGGAUCCCAGAUCUCCUUCCCACCAGAUCACACCCUGGCGACACACGCACGCACGCACGCACGCACGCGCAAAAUGGCAGCCAGGUUUGUCCAGCUUCCCACCUGGGUGCCAAAUUGCCAAGAUUUGGGUAGAUUUAAAACAGCCAAGUCAUGAUCCCUGCAUGUUUGUUUCUGUGGAUGGAGAAAGAUAGGUAGAUAUGCCCCCCCC